CUUCCUGGACGCCAUUGAAUUUGCUAAAAAGGGAGAGUUUGAUGCCUAUGUUGCUGUUGGAGGUGGGUCUGUAAUAGACACCUGUAAAGCUGCCAACCUGUAUGCAUCCAGCCCUACCUCAGACUUUUUGGAUUAUGUCAAUGCUCCUAUUGGGAAAGGGAAGCCUGUCACUGUGCCCCUCAAGCCACUCAUUGCAGUUCCUACCACAGCUGGAACUGGAAGUGAAACAACUGGUGUUGCCAUUUUUGACUUCAAAGAACUAAAAGUAAAAACUGGUAUUGCUUCAAGAGCCAUUAAGCCAACAUUAGGCAUCAUUGAUCCUUUACACACAUUGUCUAUGCCUGAGCGAAUAGUGGCAAACAGUGGCUUUGAUGUGCUUUGCCAUGCUCUGGAAUCAUACACUGCUCUUCCUUACAACAUGCGCAGUCCCUGCCCUUCAAAUCCAAUCAACCGACCAGCUUACCAAGGCAGCAACCCCAUCAGCGAUGUCUGGGCUCUUCAUGCUCUGCGUAUUGUGGCGAAAUAUUUGAAAAGAGCCAUUGGAAACCCUGAAGACUGUGAAGCAAGAGCCAACAUGCACCUCGCAAGCGCUUUUGCUGGUAUUGGCUUUGGCAAUGCUGGUGUUCAUCUCUGCCAUGGAAUGUCUUACCCUAUUUCUGGCUUGGUGAAAACUUAUAAACCAAAGGAUUAUAAUGUGGAACACUCUCUAGUGCCACAUGGCCUUUCUGUGGUGCUGACAUCCCCAGCAGUGUUUGCUUUCACAGCACAGAUACAUCCUGAGCGGCACUUGGAAGCUGCAGAGAUACUAGGAGCUGACAUCCGCACUGCCAGAAUCAAAGAUGCAGGGUUUAUUUUGGCAGACACACUCCGGAAAUUCCUGUUUGAUCUGAAUGUUGACGAUGGCUUAGCUGCAAUUGGUUAUUCUAAAGCAGACAUCCCUGCAUUAGUCAAAGGCACUCUGCCUCAGGAGAGAGUGACUAAACUGUCACCACGCCCCCAGACAGAAGAAGAUUUAUCUGCCCUCUUUGAGGCUUCCAUGAAGCUGUAUUAGCUUAAACAUGUUGUUCUGAAAAGUGUACUCUCUUCUCACACAAAGGUAAUUUGUUACAGAUAGAGGGCUCAAUUUCUUUAGAGAAUGGAAGAACUUGGGUACCUUUGACUUCUGUUCCAUUGUAAACUGCCAAAAGGUCAAGUAAUUCAUCUUUACCUAAAUAGUGCUUUGAAGUGAAGGCUCAACUGUGGUUCUUUCUUGCACAGUAGUCAGUGGUAUUAACUUGGAUAAAAGGUGGAGCAG